CCUCUCAUUUAUAAAUUCUACCUUAAAGAUUACACAUUGCCGCCAGCUAUUAUGUGUACACUCUACUAGUAAUCUGUUCGGUACCAUUGAUUAGUCGGUACCGUCAGUACCACUUCAGCGAGGAGUAGCGACGGAAUUUUUAUUUAACGGAAAGAGAAAUCUACGUGUAAAAGAGACGAAAGUAGAUUUGUAAACAUUUGAAACGUGGAGUACUUAAUUAUAGUGGCAAUUUUAGUUUUUAUGUGACUUGAUGUUUUUUCCGUGUUUAAUAUUUUUGGAUUUAUGAUGGGAGAAGCCGUAAGCGAACAGGUAAAUCAGUGGUUACAAGAAGAUUUGACAACACAGCCUUCCGUAACUUUGAAAAUUUCAGACAUGGAUUCAAAAGAACUAACAACAGUGAUAAUAUUUGUGAUAUUAGCUAUUAUAGUGAUUACCUUAUUAUUUGUCAUCGCCAUAUUCAUUGACUGCCGGCAACAAAAGUUACAAAAUUUGCAGUCCAAACCGAAAAAAACAUUGUUGAAAAUGAAGCUUCCAGUGCCUGUUAUACUUGGUCGUGCAAUAAGAGAAGAUCAACAUUCUAUAUUGGAUAAAAUUGAAUAUGGAGAACCUUCUACUUCAAAUGGAAAUAUAGCAUAGCAGUAUCAUAAGAAUUAUUAGCGUUAAUUUUUCAAAAUAAAUUCUUUGGAAUCCAUUUUAGGUCUGCACCAAUAAAAAGUGAUAUAUUAUGUAAUUAUUAUACUCAGAAGAUUAAAAGACAUUAUUAUUGUUUUUGUUUAUCAAAGAUGUUAUUUUGCAAUAUUCAUUCACUUUUAGGCGCCUGCAAGAAAAUAAAUCAGAUUGUAAACUCACAAAAUGUUUGUAGGCAUUAAGGCGAUUAGGAAGUUGAUUUAUCUUCAAUGUGAACAGAUUUAAUUUGCCUCUAGUAGCACCUGUUAUCUCUUCUUUGCAUGAUUUUUUUUAUUGGUAAAAUAAAUCAAGGUGAUAUAAUUCAUGUUCAAAAUUAAAGGAAAAAUGGUUGAAAAACUAAUUUUAUGUUUAUAACAAAAAACAAUAUGAUAGAAAUUUCCAUCAUCAUUAACAGAACAAUUAUUUUUAUUUAUACACAAAUUGACCACAUUUACUGCAAGAAAUUUACAAUCAGGAUAUUUGCACUGGAGUGACCCAUAUACUGUUGGCCAAUGUUCAGCACCAUCUCUUACAUAUUUUGAAGGUGGAGAAGCUGGAAAACCCUUUUCAUUUUUUAUUGUAGUUUAUCCUCAAGAGUGCUGAUGCUUUGACGACCUCGUUUAGUCUAAUUCAUUUAAGAAUUGGCUCAUUGUUAAUAUAUUUUUCUUAUGGUAGUUUCUUUCUACGGAAUUUUUUUUAUAAAUUACCCACGCAUUUAUUACUGCAAGAUCCAGUAAAAGAAAAAAUCACGCAAAUACCACUUUUUUAACCUUAUAGUUAUAUGGUUUCCAUCCAAAAAACUAUUCAUAAGGUCUACACCUCCUACAUGUCUAUUGUCCACGUGGAGCCCAUGGCUCUUGAUUCCGAACAGGACAGUCAAAAUAUGCUUCGUAUGUUUCACAGAAAACGUGAGUUGUGUUUAGUUCAUAUUCUAUCUCUCGAACUUUAAUAAAUUGACCAGAUAUAAAACAAAAUGCACCGGCAUCAUAUUUACACCUUCGCGAGAACAUUUUCUAGACAUAUACAAAACAUCUGAUCGUUGUUUACCACUAGAGUGCCAUCUGGAGGUACGGCGCGAAUGUAAAAACCCUACUUUGAUCUCUCGUAUUUAUUAAAUUUAUUAUAACUAAUUGAAAUUUAUUAAAAAAUUUGAAAAUUAGAUUAUUUCUAUAAUUAUAACAAAAGCAAACGUUAUAUCUUUUCAAUUUUGUGUAUAAUUGUUGGGUCGUGUAACUAAUGAUGAUAGUACAUCAACUUUUUUAAAUGAUUAAAAACUUGUCAACCUACUAUAUAAUAUAGUUAUUUUCGAGUAUUGAAUAUUUGCAAACCAAUCUUCAUUGUAAUAAAUGUAUAUUUAUCCAAAAUGAAUGUAUAUAAACAUGUAUAAAAAUGUCUAUUAUAAUAAAGAAUAAAUAACGAAAAUAAA